UUCAGUUGUUCUGUAGGAAUUACUAAAGAUAGAUCUAUAAUCUGUCGGUUCGCAUACGGAAUAUAAGUAAAAUUUUAUUAUACAUAGUUUUUUGUUUUAAAGUAUGAAGCAAAAUAUAAGAAAAUCAUUAAUUUGCGUUAUGAUGGCCAUACAAUUGGUCUCAUCUCAGCUUGGUUUUCCGGAAGUCGUCGACAUAAGCAAAAAUAAAGCUAAUCUGCAGGGUCGGUUGCCUCUGUUUUCGCCCGGACGCUGCAAGGAUUACGAACUCUUGUAUCCGGGUGAUCAAAAAAAUGAUUGGAUAUGCGAUUGUGCACCUGCCGCCAUUUAUCAUCCCGAUACGGAUGCUUGCUAUCCUGCAUUUCACAGAGGCCCCUGCGAAGCGGAGGAAAUACUGAUUUUACCCGACGAAAAAAUUAUACCCGCCUGUGUCCCCAACGAUUGCAAGGUAGAUGGGCGAAUUAAAGUACGGGGCGGUUGUUACGAUUUCGGUGAAAACGGUCCGUGCCAAACGACUGCUACUGAGAGCUACGUAAUAGGCGUUGAUCCAAAAACUUUGCAUGUUGAUUGCAUCCGAUUAUCAAUAGAAAAUCGAUUCGCCUCUGAACCCGUGAAGGAUUCGUGCACAAAUCGUGGUAGCAAGAAAUUUUUAAAAGGCGAUUGUAUGAAUCAAAAAUGAUUUUUUUUUUUUUUCAAAUGCAUAUAAACAAAAUUUCCUUACUACAAUGACGAAUUAAUUAUACGAAUUUUGUAAUAAGAAAUAAACAUUAUGUGGAAGGUUUCCCUUUCUUGGUGCGUUUA